AUGCAAGACUAUGGUGCAUCGGGGAAAAGGAUCAGAAAAUUAAGUGUUGGGCAGUACGACAAUGAUGUCCCUGGGCAGCCAUCAUAUAACAGGUGUGGAUGGCUGAAGUCUCCUGCUACUGACCAGGCUGUAAAUCCAGGAUCACCGAUUGCUGUAGGGGAGACCAAGGAGAUGGUGGUUGUACAUUACCAAGAUGAAAUAGAUGGGGGAAUCUUCUCCACAACAAAAAAUGGAAAUGAAGCUGUCACAUCCACACCAGCUUUUCCCCUGUCACCAGAGAUGACAUAUGUGACAACACCUCCUCUAUACCAUCAGCGGAUUCCCUCCAGCCAAAAGGUCAGCAUCCCAUCUGAGCUGUACAGCACUACUCCUGAAUCUCAGAGUUACACGGAAGCCAUUAACCACUCUAUGGUGAUGUCUGACAGCACUGUGGGCACUAAGCCUCCUCUGCUGAGGGCCAACAUGCAGACGGAUCCCACCUUUCAGCGUUGUUUUGCAUCUUCAUGUACUAUUUCAAGUAACAGUCCUAUCCCAGGGACAGAAAGCUCUUCUGCAACAGAACGUCCUUGGCUUGAAAGCAGCCCUAAAGCUUCCCCAUCACUCCAGUUUUCAAUGGGAAACACCAGGCAGCCGGGAGGAUACCUUGUGCCCUCUGAAUUUUCAAACACCAUGCAAGAUAUCUCUCUCUUGUCUCAUUUCCAAACUCCAGGACUGCAAGUUGUCACCCUGAGCAGCCUGGAGAAUUCACCAGCAGAGCCAAUGCAGGAACAUGCUAUCAGCAGCAGUGCCCAUGCUUGCAUGAGCUACAGUGGGGGCAGUAGGGGCACUAGCUGUCCCCAAGAGGAGGCACAAGCUGCUUGCACAGCCAAUACUAUCACCUCUUCUAAAACCCUGAGUUCAUCAGUGACAAAUGCUGAGGACAAUGGCUUUUUGACACAAAACUUUAUUACAGUGGCCUCUGAACACAAUAGCCAGAACAGUGCAGUUCAGCAGCAUCAUGGGGGAAACCUACAUGCUCAACCGCCUCUUCCAGAGAAGAAGAGGUCUUCUGAAGGAGAACGUUCCCUUGCCUCCGUGUCACCUUCUUCAAGUGGCUUCUCUAGCCCCCACAGUGGAAGCACAAUCAGCAUUCCCUUCCCAAAUGUCCUCCCAGAUUUCUCAAAAAUGAUAAGCACUUCCCCAGUGCCAGAAAACACAACUGAUAAACAUGUGACCGUAAAAUUUGUUCAGGACACAUCCAAGUUCUGGUAUAAACCAGAUAUUUCAAGAGAACAAGCCAUUACUGUUCUCAAGGACAAGGAACCUGGGUCAUUCAUUGUUCGAGACAGUCAUUCUUUCCGGGGAGCCUAUGGACUAGCAAUGAAAGUUGCUACACCACCUCCUUCCGUGCUGCAGUUAAAGAAAG